UGAAAUAUAAUUGAAAUUUAAAAUGUCAAUUCCUCAGCAGGUUGCUCCAAGUUCCUUCGAAUUUAAACCUCCUAAGGUGAUUAUAAAGAAGAAAAGCAUUAACCCAGACAAAGAAAAGUGGAUGGACACCAAACCUUUCUUUGGUGGGUUUGCAGCUCAGACUAAGAAUCAGCAUCCUACUAUCAGUAAUCCAAAAGGACAGAACCUAUCUACUAAAGCAGGGGGAUUUAGGCCUCCUGAAAUGGGAAAUAAGGAGAAGAAAAAUGAUGAACAUCCAAAUCUAAUUAUUUUUAACUCAGCUAAUGAGAAAAAUACAUCUCAUCGUGCUUCUAUUAGGAUAAAUGGGAAUCAAUCUGGGUCUGCAAAGAAGAAAAUGAGGACUACUACUAAAGCUGGUGGCUUCAAAGUAAAUAUUAAGAAAUAAAAGCAAGCUGGAUGACCUCAAAAACCUUAAAAAUAUUGGUGAUGAUCACGAUCGUUGUGCUGCAGACCCAAUGAUCAAAGAAAUUAUCCAAGACGAUGAAGAGGCUGAUGAUCUAGCUGAAGUUAUCCCACACAAGAGAUUCUCUGCUUCUUUGCCAAAGAAGCUUACUACCAAAGCUAAGAAGGAGUCUAUUCCUGAUUAUACUGACAAAUCAAUUGGAGAGAUAAUCCCAGCAAAAGAUCUUCAAAAACUAAAACAGCAGAAGGUGCAUAAAAUUCAAGGGCCUUUGUUUGAGGAAGUAAAGCCUGAUAAAGGAGACAACGCAAUUAAACCUGACCCAUUCCCCACAUCUAGGAUUGAGAACAUAUUGAACAAAUACUCUGAAGAUAUAGCUGAGGAAGAAGAAUAUUACAAAACUAAACUUAAAGAGAAAGAGGAUGAUAAGAAAAAGAAAGAAAUCAGCUUAGAAACGCUCACAAAAUUGAUGGCCCAUCAACGCCCUGUUCUUCAGACAACCUUUGAACCUGUGAUGCCACAUGAUACUAAAAAGCAAAAAGCAAAAGAGGAAGAAGAAUGGUUAUAUGCCUACAGGAAUGAAGAAUACUACGUCCAAAAACGCAAAGAACUUGAAGAACUAGAAAAGAAGAAAUCUGAAGGCAAAGGGACUAAUCUAGGAGGUGGUUUCUCAAAAAGUUUCAAAACCUCUCAUAAAUCUGACACCAAAAGGAACUUGUCAGGUCAAAAGGCAGGAGGUUCUCCUAACUCAAAGGGUCACCUUAACUCUCGAACUGCUGCUCAGCUUGAUAGAUUGGCUAAUAUUAAUCUUGAAGCAUCUAAACAAGACAUGGUCAUUGAUAAAAUGUAUGCUGAAAUACAGGAAAAGAAAAAGAUCGAUCAAGAAGGUCAAAAGCAGAAGAAAGUUAUAAAAGAUAAGGUAAAAAGAGAAAAGCCUACUCCAAAUGUCCCAAAAACUGGUCUUUACUCUGUUAAUAACUGGAUUACCCAGAUAGAAGAGACUGAUCCUGAGAAACUUAAGAAGAAUAUUACCCAGAAGAAAGCUGGUGCUAAGAAGGUUACUCAGACAGUCGAAAGGUUGACUCAGCCUAAGAAUGCUAAACCAAAGAAAGAUCCUAGUCAGCAAGAGCUAUGGGCAAUUCUUAGCAAGUAUGGAAAUGCAGAGAAGAUUAUUGGUAGAGGAGGGAAGCAGAGUCAGAAAUUUAAGAAUCCUGCCUUAGUACAAAAGACUCCGUCUCCUGUAAAGAAUAAUACUAAUCUCAAAGCAAAAAAAUCUGAGGGUGUUUCCUACGAGAGUCCAGAGAUAGAAGGCCAGAAAUACCAGCUCUCUAAAAUAAAUGAAGAAGAGAUGAGAAUAAAGGAGGAAAAUAAGCUUCUAGAUACCCUUAUCACUACUCAAAUCCACACUGAAGCUAGCAAGCUCAGUGACCGCUUCUCGAUUGAUGACAACGUUCGAGAUAAAAAGCUUAGUGAUCAAGAUGAUAAUAGCUCUAUAGAUUUUGAUGAAAAUAAUGAUGAGUUGCCUGAAAAGGAGGAAAAUAAGUCAACUCUUGAAGAAGAAUCAGUUAAAAUUAGAAAUGUGCUUAAUUUUGUUAAGAAAAGAGUGAAUCCUUCAGACAAGAAAGCAGCCAUGAGAAGUUCAAUGGACUCUCUGAAUGAUAGAACCUCACUCAAUAAAGAUCUUGCCAUGGUUGAUGAUCUCUCUGAAAUGAGUGAGAGGGAUAUUGAUCUUGAGGAUCAAUAUGCCCAGAUGCAGCAAAAACAAAGCAACUUGAUCAAAGAAAGUAGCCAAGAUAGUUACAGUGAUAUUGAUAGUCUGAAUGAUGUUGACGAAGAUUUCCAAGGAAUUUAGAAGCACAAGUAUUCUCA